CAUUAAAUGUUAACGCGAAUUCAGUUGUUGCUAAUAUACAGUGCGCUUGUUUUACUGUAUUUACAUAACGGAAAAUGUAUGUAUAUGGAAAGUGCGCACGAAUCUGUCGGUAUUGUUCGAAAUUUAAGCGUAGAAGUUUUUCAAGAUCAAAGAAGAUAUACAGAAAUGGAUGAUGCGUAUAAAUUUUUAAAACUAAAUGUAUCAUGGUUACCCCCAAACAGCACGAGGCAUCCUUCUUCCUAUAGCAUUAUAGUCACAGGUGCACCGAUCGGAUACCAAAGGGAGAAAACAGGUGGCACAGAGUGUCCAGAAGGAUCACUUUUCUAUACAAUCAAAGGCAACCAACAGCUUAACAUAUUGCUACCUGAGAACAAUAACUUGAUUGGAAUACCAGAUAUGUAUAUACAACCUAAUUGUUCUUAUAAAAUUCAAGUUAUUGCAAAUCCAAGAACAAAGCGCACAAUAAAUGUACCUGAGGUUUUUUAUACAGUUCCAGAAUGCAUAAGCCAGGUAUGCAGUUGCAUGAAUGCCAAAUCAAUGCUACCAACUCCAAAAGUAAAUAUAACUCAAAUAGAAAAUCGAAUAAUCAUAAAUUGGGGCAUAACUUCUGACAUAUCCAAUGUCCAAUUUUACACAAUUAGCAUUGGUGUGCCUCUUUUAACAUCGAGGAAAGGAUUGCCUGUUUACAAUGUAACAAAAAUUGGACAGGUAUCUGCAAAAGAAACUAUGUUUUCAUGGGACUUGAAAGCCAAUGUUGAAUACAUAAAAACUGAAGACAGUUAUAAGAUAAUUGUUAAUGCUAUCAAUGAUCAUGGAUGCUUUGGACCAGAGGGAAGUUUUAUUAUGCAUUUUAUACCAUCAAACACAGAAACUGUAAAUCCCAAUGUAUGGUUUAUAUUAAUUCUAGUAACCGGUUGUGUUCUAUUUGGAGUUUUAAGUGUUAUGGUAUAUCGUAAUUUGCUUAUGUUAUGUCAAAACAAUCAGGAUAUCCGGAUACAUGCAAUUGCUAAGUGUAAAUCUCAAUGGGCAGAUGCAAUACAUCAGAAGUCUAACAUUCUAUACAUCAGGCAUGAAUUUGAGGAGGACUGUAGAGAAGAAACUGAUAAAUUAAAAGCUUCAUUGAAUAAGGUAAAGUUAAUACGUGAAUUGGGCACUGGGCAAUUUGGAAAGGUAUAUCUUGGUCAUUUAGACGAUAUAAAGGAUACUCUGGUUGCUGUAAAAAUGUCCCAGCAAAAAGGCAUGUCCCUUGAUUCUGACAUACAACAGCAAUUUAUAAAGGAAAUAGAAAUAAUGAGAAUGGCAGGAACUCACCCUCAUUUAGUAGGCCUCAUAGGCUACUGCAUUCAACCAAACAAACCAAUGUGUAUCCUAUUGGAAUAUAUGCAAGGUGGAGAUUUAUUAACUUACUUGCUCCAGAUAAGAAAACAACAAAGCAACAGAAGCCCUGAUCAAGGUAAAAAUACUGGAAAAGGUGUAUCUAAACUAUAUGCCUCAGAAACUAGGUUAAUUAUCAACAAUGCAAGCUGACAAAUAGAAACUAUACAACAAUCUUGGUUUUCAGGUUUAUAUUCGAACAUAACAUCUGCUAUACGGAGCAAAAAGGACAUUUACAAAUUUAGACAAUACAUAAAUAUCAGUAGUAAUGAUAGACAGGAGGCAAAAGAUAUGAAAGAUGCUUCUUGGAUAGGGAAAAUGAGAGAACAUCAAUUUUUCAAAUUUGCUACAGAAAUUGCUAUUGGUAUGGAACACUUGGAAGUUAAAGGAAUUACUCACAGAGAUCUAGCAGCAAGAAAUAUUCUUCUGAGCUCAGAUUUGACUAUCAAGAUCUCAGACUUUGGGCUUUCUCGUAACGGUGUAUACGUAAUAAAGAAAACAGAAGAAAAAAAACGCCCUCUUCCAAUAAGAUGGAUGUCACCAGAGGCUCUGUAUAAUCGAGUUUUUUCUUCGAAAAGCGAUGUUUGGUCUUACGGAGUAGUACUCUGGGAAAUUAGCACUUUAGGUGAUUUUCCAUAUGCGAAUGUGGAAAAUGAUCGUUUGUGGAGUUAUAUCGUUCGCGAGAAUGGUCGUUUGGAACAACCCGAUGGUGUUCCUUUGAAUAUUUAUGAAUUUAUGCGUUCUUGCUGGGCUACAGAGCCUGAGAAUAGACCGAAUUUUACACAACUUCUUACCAAUUUACGUAUCCUGAACGAAUCUUUCAAUGACACUGUUCAAACGGUUUCCAAUCCCUGUUACGCGUUGUCAUUUCCCAAUAAAAUCAUAUAA